AUGCCAUACCUAACCAACGCAUUAAACGAGGUAGGCCUCCUAACAAUGUGGCACUCCACAUUGGAUGUCAAACUCCUCUGCGCUCAACGUUUCGUCCGACUAUUCGCAUACGGCGGCUCAACACUCAUCCUCGCGUCAUACCUAUCCGCCAUUGGCAUCUCGGAUGAUCGCAUUGGAUUAUUUAUGACGUUGACACUGGUCGGCGAUGUGGUGAUUAGCUUCUUCCUCACACUAUUUGCAGAUGCAAUGGGCCGCAAGGCGGUGUUGUCGCUUGGAUCGGCGUUGAUGGCUGGGAGUGGGCUGGUUUUUGGAUUUUUUGGGAAUUAUUGGGCUCUUUUGGCUGCGGCGGUUUUUGGUGUUAUUAGUCCGAGUGGGAAUGAAAUUGGUCCCUUCCGCGCUGUGGAGGAAUCGACCUUGGCGCAUCUUACGCCUCAUGAGUUGCUUAGUGAUGUUUUUGCUUGGUAUUCGCUUAUUGGGACUGCGGGAUCGGCGUUGGGUAUGCUGGUCUGUGGCUGGAUUAUCAAUUCUUUGGAGUCUAUUCACGGGUGGGAGUUCAUUCCUUCGUGUCGGAUUAUCUUCUUCGUCUAUGCCGGUGUUGGUAUCGUCAAGUUGAUUCUUACUCUGGGUUUGAGUGGCAAGGUUGAGCUUCAGAAGGAGGAGGCUCCGGAGAAUGGUGAAACUCGUGCACUGCUGGAUCCAAACCCAGAACAGGAACAGGAGGCACCCAAGAAGAAGGGCUUGUUUGCAUCUAUUGAAAAGGAUCUGUGGUCGCUGGUUAUUCGACUGUUCAUCUUGUUCGGUCUGGACGCGUUCGCCUCUGGACUGGCUUCUCUAUCCUGGAUGACAUACUUCUUCAAGCGCAAGUUCUCCCUCCCCGAGGGUGAACUCGGAACGAUCUUCUUCAUCACGAACAUCAUCUCCGCAGCCUCCAUGCUGGUCGCAUCAUCUCUCGCCAAGCGCAUUGGAAAUGUCAAGACCAUGGCCUUCACUCACCUCCCCUCAGCCGUCUGCCUGGCCCUGGUAUCCGUCCCAUCCAGCCUCCCAUUGGCCCUAACCCUCCUCGUCCUACGAGCUAGCUCCCAGAGCAUGGACGUAGCGCCCCGCUCCGCAUUCCUAGCGGCAGUCCUACCGGCAGACAAGCGCACAGCCAUCAUGGGAGCCGUCAACGUUGUCAAGACAACCAGUCAAACCAUGGGGCCCCUGCUAACAGGUAUCUUGGCACGCAAUGGCUUCUUCGGUGUCUCCUUCAUGAUCGCCGGAUGCUUGAAGGUCGUCUACGACCUGGGCAUAUUGGCCAGUUUCGCCGGCAUGGAAACACCUCGCAAGCGGGCUGCGCAAGAAGCCGACGAAGAAAAUGAAGCUCUCACUCUUCCCACCCGCAGCCAAGCCUUCCUACAUCGUCUUGGCACCUGCGAUGGCCAACUCAACCCUAACGCCCAUCCUAGUCAUGUCCAACAAUGGCAUACCAGAACACACCAUAAGAAUGAAGUCAACGCGUUUUUCGAUGUCCUCGAUUUGGAAAUGCUCGCAUCCGCUUUGCAUAGCGCAUCCCCGAUCCGCGCGGGCAAUCUUCUGCAGAUCGGCCUCCUAAACCUCCUCAGAGUAGCAACAUCCCACCUACCAACCCUCCUCCCAGACCUAGAACUAAUAAACUUCUCCCGCAAACCAUCCCCCUUCUCAACAUGGUCCACUCACGGCGUCAUCCCAGUCCGCUGCCACUCUCACAACGACUACUGGCGCCACGUGCCCCUCCACUCGGCUCUAUCAGCCGGGUGUAUCAGCGUCGAGGCUGAUGUGUGGCCAUGGCGCGAUCAGAUCCUUGUCGGUCAUUCACGGUUUACUGUGUUGAGGGGGACGUUGGGGAGACUUUAUCUGGAGCCUUUGGUUGAGAUGCUUGAUUUGCAUAAUCGGGAGAAGGUGGAAUGGGAUGCGAUUGGGAGCGGCGGUGAGAUUGGGGACGGUGACGGUGAUGAUAUCGUGGGCGUAUUCGCAAAUGAUCCCAAACAAACCCUCGUCCUACUCAUCGAUUUCAAAUCCGACGGCGAGUUACUCUGGUCUCUUCUUUCUGAUGCGCUUACUCCCCUUCGGGAUCGGGGGUAUCUGACUUAUUUCAACGGGAGUGGCGUUGUCAUGCGCCCUGUUACAAUCGUUGCGAGUGGGAAUAUUUCUUUUUCGAGUCUUGUGCGGAAUACAACGUAUCGUGAUAUCUUCUAUGAUGCACCACUGGAUAACCUCACCCAAUUCCCAGUCAAUGAUACCACGACGACAAUCACAGAUCAAGUCUCAAAAGACUCAAACGGACAGUUCAUGGGUCCCCUAUUCAACCCAAAUAACAGUUACUACGCCUCCGUCGACUUCCGCAAGGCAAUAGGCCAUCUCCAGCUCGGCCGAUUAUCAGAGACCCAACUCGAGACUCUCCGGGCUCAAGUGCACGCUGCCCAUGAACUGGGGUUGAAAGUGCGGUAUUGGGGGAAUCCGAGUUGGCCGAUUGGACUCCGGGAUCGUGUUUGGAAUGUGUUUGUGCAUGAGGGUGUGGAUGUGAUUAAUACGGAUGAUUUGAGGGGGGUGACUAGGCAGGUGUGGAGGGAUAGUUAUUGGUGA